AUAAUACAUUUAUUUUCGUGAUUAGCAAACAGACGAUCAAAUGUAGCUUAAAUUUAGCCUUUGUUUGUACAUAUUUGUGACGAAAAACGUUGGAUAUUUUUGAACUAAUGCAUCUGAACAGUCGGUUGUUGAUUUCUACAAAAUGUCUGAGGAAAAUGUCUAAAAAGUCAAAAAAGAAGAGGCGCAAGAAGUCCGAUUCAUCUUCAAGUGAUGAAGAUGAGAAGGUGAAGACAUCCAAACAUCAUCACAAGAGCAAGACGAAAAAAGAUGCUGCCAGUGAGGCGAGACAUAGGGACCACCGUGCUUCUGUUAGUGUUAGAGAUGACAGCAAAAGCACCCGCCACAUCAAAAAGCCUGUCUACAGACUGAAUAAAACAGAAGCAACAGGCCACAGAUCUGUUCAUAAGGACGAGGAACGUACUAAAACAAAACAUUUCACCGCACCAUUACAAGAAGAUAAUUCCUGUCGUAAAGGAAAGACUGCUACUGUCAGCGGGAGCAACAGUGUGAAAAAGGGACCUUCACAACCUUUGAAAAAUGCUGCAGGUGUGCUUCCUGGGUCUAAAAAGACGACUUCGGAAAGGAGUUUCGAUGAAAGGUCUUCCCAGAGGAGCACCAUUAGGUUAAAAACACAACUAAUGAGGCCCAGUUUGGUUUCUGGUGAGCAGAGGGAACAGAAGCAGAAAGAAAGGAAGAGGAAGCACCAACAUGAUGAAGCACCAAAGACUGCAGAAUACCUCAACCCUAUCAAAACCAGGGAGCCGAGUAAGUCCUCGGCAGUCUCCAAAGAUUCUUUGAGUGAUAAGAGAAAGGAGCUGGUAAAGCAGAAGGAGCAGCAAAGACAUCUAGAGAAGGAUAUGAAGGACAAAAAAAUACCUCCCUGCACAGAAAAGUCUGCGAUGACAAAGUGUACUACCUCAAAAAGUAGCUCAGUUGUGUCAAACACUUUCACUUCAGUCCCAGGGAACAUCACAGUACUGUCACACCAGGCGGCUGAACCGUCAUCUACACGACAAAAGAUUUCUUUCAGCAUCUCGUCCCUGAAAUCACACUUUAAGAUCCCAAAAAUUGCUAAAGUGAGACCUGCAGAUAUCACAGCAAAGGGCAGUGGGGAUGGAGAGAAACAUGGGACUGAGCCUUCAUAUGCUGGGACGUCACAGAAGAGCUUCAAACACGAUGCAGUCCAACCUUCUCCCUACCACGUGGAUGUGCCGCCUCAUUUAAAUCCCCCAAAUCAAGAUAAGACGUCAUCUUCAGCAGGCCAGCCCCCUGUCGUGUGUGACCCUGGCCCUUCACCGCAGCACCACCAGCAGGUGGUUGAAGAGCUUCACCUGGCCCGCUCUGAGAAAAGGCUGGAGGUGGAUGUAAUGCAGAGCUAUGGGGAGCUCACCAGCAUGGACAUAGAUCCCCCAGAAGAGGGAGCCACAGACACACAAUGGAAACAACAACCUCAACAAAACCUCAUCCUCGUUUUGGACACUAACAUCCUCCUCAGUCACUUGAAUUAUGUGAAGCAGAUCAUUUCUCAUGGUUGUGGAGCCCUGGGCUUCCCUGUGGUCCUGAUUCCCUGGGUGGUGCUUCAGGAGCUGGAUGCCCUGAAAAAGGACAGAGGUCUGUCGGGCUCUGUGGCCCACCUCGCUACCCCUGCCAUCGCCUACAUUUAUAACUCUGUGAGGAACCGAGAGCCACACCUCUGGGGCCAGUCCAUGCAGCAGGCAGCACAGAGUAACAAUGGUCUGAGCGCUGAGAAUAAUGAUGACCGAGUGCUGCAGUGUUGCCUGCAAUACCGGAGUCUAUACCCAGAGUGUGCUCUCAUCCUGUGCACUGACGAUAAGAACCUGUGCAGUAAGGCUCUCCUGAGUGGGGUCAAGGCCCUCAGGAAGAAUGAUUUGGAAGCAGAGGUCAUGAGAUCCAGUCACGGCUUUCCCUCCCUGCAGAUCAUUCAGAUACCCAUGAUUCCUCACACCAGUGCCAUACCCCCCACACCAGCACUGGGCAGGAGUUGUACAACAGUCGAGCCCCUCAGUCAAGAAAAAGCAGGCCUUUCUGCGGGGAAAGAUAACACGCCACUAAGUAGAGUGGAAAAUGAAGAUGUGAGAAACUGCGACCUCAGCUGUUGUUUUUCUGAACUAGAAAACUGCCUGAAGGCGGCGCUGUCUGAUGUGCUGGAGCUGGAGAUGAAGGCGGCCUUCGACAACCUCUGGCUAGAUGUCGUUCACAGAAAACCACCCUGGUCUCUUCUAGACGUCCUGAGGUGUAUGAAGAAGCACUGGAUCGCUGUUUUUGGACAGAUUGUACCACGGAAAAAGGAAAAAACUGUUGAGCAUCUCAUUGACUUCUUUGACUCAGGUAGAAAACUGGACCGUGACGCUACUGUAAAUGCUCUCCAAGAAUCCAAGGACCUUCUGAAGGCGUUUGUUAAGAGUUCCAGCCAUGUUCCCAGUGCCAUCUCUGUAGUGGAAAACCUUUUCCAUAAACUACAAACUCAGGGGGAAUCUCCAGCCUCUGAUGUUGUCAUGAAUGAUGAUGAUGAAGACAAACAACCCACGUGCACUCAGGUCUCUCCCCAGGAAGUGUGGGCUCUGUUUGAGACCAUCUGGUCUAAUGUGUGUCAAAUAAGCCUGGAAGUGUUCAAAGCGCUGGGCUUUGACCCUCACAACAUGCUGAGCGUCCAGCCCGUCGGAGGUCCUCCCCCGCCGCAGGACGCCAUGGCCUGUUUGCAAAAACUGUGUUGCGUGGUCUCGCAGCUGCUUCAAGCCUUCAGCAGUAUAUUGUCAUCUGCCCCUGGUUUAGUGGAAGUCCAGACCCUCCUCAGUGUCAUCCAGGCCAGUGAGAUUGUUGACGUGGACAAACUAACAGCCGAAGACCUUCUUGAAUGUUUCUCACAACAAGAGUACAGAGAGAAGUUGAGUUUGGGAGGGUCCCAGUUAAUGCAGAUGAAGGACGCUCUGGACCGCUGCGUGGCCUUUACUGGUCAACACUUGGCCUUCACCUCACAGCUCUGACUGGACCGCUGCGUGGCCUUUGCAUGUAAGACCAUCACAAAGUCCGUUCAUUAAUGGUCCUGUUUCAGUGACAGGGAAGCUUCUUCUCAUGUGCCUUCUGUGACCGGACCUACUCACGUUUUGUUGUUGCUUUGUAUUUAAAAAGCGUUUUCGUGUUGGGAAAAUGUUUUCCUGAAUAUUUGCUGAGGUUUUAUUUUCACUACAGGCUGUUUUUUUAGAGCUCUAGUUCCAGUUUUUUAUGAGCUGUUCUACACUGGGCUGUCAUUUCCUCUGGUAAAUGACCACUGCAGUUACUUUUAAAGUUGAUUUGGUUCAGUUGCUUUGGAGACGUAUCUAAUAUAUUUAUACUGUAAUAUUUAUUUAGCGACAUGCAGCGUGUGGUGACAGCCUAAGUUUGUAUUCAAUAAAUGCAGUUGACUGUUUCA